AUGGCCGAUUCGAUCACCCACCGUGUCUCCAAACAGAGCUACAAGGUCGAGGCGCCUCCUGCGGACGCUCCACUAGAUGUUCUUAAUGAGUACUACUGGACCAAAGACGCUGAACCACAUGUGGCCAGAAGAAAGGCCAUCAUAGCCAAGUAUCCAGAGGUUCGGAAACUCACGGGCCACGAACCAAAGCUGAAGUGGUACGUGAUGGCGGUGGUUGCGUUACAAGUGGCUGUUGCUGUGUAUUUGCGUGAUACACAUCCCAUCUCGUGGAAAUUUUUCACUUUGGCAUAUGUCAUUGGAGCCACUUCCAACCAGGCGUUGUUCCUUGCCAUUCAUGAGUUAUCGCAUAACUUGAUGUUCAAGAAGCCUAUCCACAAUAAGCUUUUUGCUAUAUUCAGUAACAUUCCUAUUGGUAUCCCAUACAGUGCUUCUUUCCAGCCUUAUCACCAGUUACACCAUAAGUUCAUGGGCGAUGAGUACUUGGACACGGACUUGCCUACACCUUUUGAGUCGGUGUUGUUGUCCAAUGUGCUUGGAAAAGUCUUUUUUGCUACUUUCCAGAUCCUUUUCUACGCGUUGAGACCAAUGUUCAUUACUCAAAUCAACUUUACCUACAUUCAUUUGUUGAACAUUAUUUUCCAGGUCGUUGUUGACGUUGCCCUCGUCAAGCUUGCUGGUGUUAAAAGUUUGCUUUAUUUCAUCAUGUCCUCCUUCUUGGCUGGUUCUUUACACCCUUGCGCUGGACACUUUAUCGCUGAACACUAUGUACUUAACGAUAAUAACGUUCCUCGCGCUGGGCACGAGAAGGAAGGUAAUCUUACACCAGAUCUUGUCCCUCCAGAGACGUAUUCAUACUACGGAACGUUAAACUUGGUGACUUGGAAUGUCGGAUACCACAACGAGCAUCAUGAUUUCCCAUACGUUGCAUGGACAAAGCUUCCUGAGCUUCGCCGUAUUGCAGCUGAAUUUUACGAGCCUUUACCACAAAUCAACUCAUGGUGUGGUGUCUUGUGGAACUUCUGCUUCAACGACGUGAACACAUUGUGGAACAGAGUAAAAAGAGUAGGCAAGGAACGCCUGGGCCGCAACGUUGGCGGAUUGGAUAGGAAUCAAAAUUAG